GGUAAGCGGCGACAUCUAACAGCUAAAAAGUUGUCAGUGAUGAAAAUUUUUUAUUCUUUUUUUUAAAUGAAGUUGUAGAAUGGAGGAUUCAUAUUUUAUAAACCUCCGUUACUACUAAACACGAUUAAUGUCCAAGAGAAGUUAAUUAAAUCUAGCUCGGUCGUUCGACCUACUCAGAGCUUACAGUAGAAAGAUAUUGCAAUGGCAGCAAGAGACCGAAAGACUUCACCAUCUCCGACAACUCUUAGUCUCACUGAUUCUAUGAGCGAAAACGAGGAUUGGGACGUAUCGGAAUGGAGAAAAAAAUUUUACGAAUUUCGAGACAGUAUGCAAUGUAGAUUGCAAUAUAUUAGAGGAAAUAUUCGAUCACAAAUGGAGCAGUUGGCAAAAGAGAAGGAAGAAGCUGAGGAGAAUUGUCGGAGAUACAAAGGACAAGUUGAGAGACUGCAAGAACAAAUGGAACAAUUGCCUUUAGCGGAUAAUAGACAAAUAGCAAAUGGUGGUAACAGAUAUGAUAUGAUAGAAGAACUCCAGUUAGAAGUAAGACAGCAGAGAGAAGAAGUCGCAAAGUUCAAAAGAAACACCAAUAUGACUAUUGUUGAACAACAACAUUUAAUUGAACAAUUACGAAGGGAAAAUGAAGUAUUACAGCAAUUUAAAAGUACAACAGCUCUACUAGAAGAAAAGGUUCGAGAAUUAGAGGCUGAAAACGAACGUCAGAAAAAUGAUUUAGACGAACAACGUUUUGCAAUGCAACAAAUGCCUGAUCUUUUGUCAAGACGUAUUGAAGAGGCACGUAGAAGUUUAACGAAUUCGUUGGUAUCGAGGGAAUUUUCUCCACCGCCUAUUCCACCUCAUUCUUCAUUAUCCGGUUCUCAAGUCGAUAACGAAAUAACAACAACACCUGACUGUUUGGACGAGGAAGAUCCCGAUUAUCAAGAAAUCGAACGAGACCAUCAGGCAAUCUACGCCCCUAGACAAGUACCACCUGCUGUUGAAAUGAAACGUAAGAAGUUCCAUGCUUCUCAUGGUCUUAGUAGUGAAACUUCUAUGGCAUCGAGAAGUUCCGAAUUGCUAGUCACGGCAGCUGCAACAUCAGUUAGAAACAGUCACAGGCGUUCUAGAUCACCAGCAAUUACGGGAUCAAGUCGAGAAAAAUCUAAAUCCCCAGCGCCAUCAGUAGAAAAUGAACCAGAUUAUGCUCAUGCUGCCUUUAUAAGAGAUGCUUGCGCGACUCUCCCCCGUCAGAAGCGUCAAUCAAGACCGUCACAACUUGAUAUUGCCUUUAAAGGAACGCGUGAAUGGCGAGGAACAAGCGCCAAUAGAAGACUCUCCAAACCCCCCACACCACCUCUUAGGAAAGUUGCUUCCUGGGAAGAAGCUUUGUAUUCGCUAGCCGAAUGCAAUGGAUUAAAAUGUGAAACAUCAUCUGAUAGAGCAUCAAAUUUAAAUCUAAUACAACCUGCACAAACUGUUGUCGAAGACGAAAGCUUACAUUCUGCUAUAUCCGGCGUUGACCGACGGACUACAGUACCGGUUUUUUCUGUUCUAAAGGGGAGAGCUACUAGAAUUCACAAUAUCUCUGUACCUCAUCCUAAUUGUGAUUCCUCUGAUGAGGAGGAUAGUAAUCCAUUAACACUACAAACAGUUGCAUCUCCAGCUGCACAAAAGUCAACAUCGUUCGUUUAUCGGGCUGAUCGAACGAGUAGUACGUCUUUAUCAAAGAAAAGAGUGGUAUCUAGCAAUCCUUCUUCUGGUGGUGCAUCAGACGUUGAUUAUGCUCAAGUAGCUGUGGAAGUGAGUAGUUGCAGUGAUAGUGAGGAGCCCGAUGAGAAAGUUCAAAGAUGCGAAUCUCCAACGUUUGACACCAGGUCCCUUCAACGUUCUGCAUGUUUAUUGAAACUAGGAUCAAAGUUAAAGUGGAAAAAGGUAUAUUGCUGCGUUAAAUGCUUCGUCCUAAUUUGCUGCAAAAAUGAGGCCGACAUAGUCCGUCCGAAAAAUAAAGAUUGCCUUACACUGGAUGCUAAUACUCGAGUUCGUUGGGUCACUGGAGCAAGUACUUUUCAUGUUUCAAAUGCAAAAUGUGCUUGGACCCUUGCAUGUGAUUCAAAUAAAGAUUGUAGACGAUGGGUGAAAGUUAUACAAAAUAUUGUACGGAAAAAAACAUCCGAUAAUGUCCUGCAACAUAAUCAUAGAAGUUGCCAAGGUCGUUUGAUUCGAGCUGCCAGGGGACGUCGAAGAACCGUUUGGGCCUUACUUGCCGGACAUUAUUUAUUAUUUUAUCGUGAUAGCACUGACAAAUUACCCCUCAAGACAAUAAAUGUAGAUCAAGCUAGAAUUGAAGAUGUAGACGAAAGCAUCGAAUCGGACUGCGGAGCAACUACAGAUUCUAGUGGUUCAGGGGAUGGUUAUAAAUCUCUUAGCGUUUGGCCGGCUGGAUCCCGUGUGCCUACCUAUUUGCUAUUUGUUUCUGAAGUUGAGAAGGAUGCUUGGAGGUCAGCUUUAAGUGUGGCCGCUGGCGGAGGGGAAGGAACAGAAUUUGAGAAACUAAUAAACGAUUUGCAAGCUGCUCAAUGGGCUAGCGACUGUUCGGCUUGGAAAAGAUGUAUACUAGUCCGAUCAGAUGUAAGCCUAAGUGAACCUCUAACAUCGAUUCCUGAUCAAGUCACAAGAAAUAUGGCUAUUGAAAUGUAUAAGUAUUUAAUACAUUUUAUUCACAAGCCCUUUGGUGCUGAUCAAAACUUGGACUUCCACGUUGAAAAAAUACAAACUAUUAUUCAAAUGUGUCUGGAUGUACCUCAACUGCAAGACGAACUUUUUUGUCAAUUAAUUAAGUUAACAACUCAUGAAAAUCGAUUGGAAAAAGCAACUGGAGUUCCAAAUUUGUUUUGUUGUGGAUCCUCUCGAAGUGUACUCAAACAAACAAAUUCUAUUUUAGAUCUGGCGUCACCUCAAACGCCACCGGAUACUCUCGAAAGAAGCUGGCAAUUACUUGCCUUUACUCUAUCAUUUUUCUUGCCCCGAAGGCAUAUACUCAUGCAAUACCUCAAAGUUCACUUACAAAAGCACUGUCGUCCUCCCUCACACGUCUUACUCUCAACACACAAGUUUUCCGCAUUCAGUCUUUCUGCUUUAAGUAGAGCCCAGGAGAAAGGUGGGCGACUUUGCCGACCCUCUUACGUGGAAGUGAUGUCAUUCUCUCGUCACAAACCUUUUGAACAUUCAAUGCCUCAUAGUAUUGCCGUGAGCAUUAUGGACGGUCAGCAUAAAGUUGUCAGUUUCGAUGGUUCUACCACUGUCGCUGAAUUUUCUGCGUCAUUAAAUGUUGCUUUGAAAUUACCGCCUUCCGAGCAAACUGGUUUUGCAUUAUUCGCAGAUUUUAGUGUCAAUGAUGUUGAGUACUGUCCUAGCUUACAAUCAAAGCUUUGCGAUGUUCUUUCACAGUGGGAACAAGCGUAUGGAGCUAGGGCAGGUAUGAAAUUCAUAAGAGGGCAAACGGCUAGAUUAGUUUUCAAGAACAGAUUGUAUUGGUCGAAACGAGACAAAUUUCAAACAGAACAAGAACGCUACUUGUUAGCCUACCAGGCUAAUGAUGAUGUAAGGAAUGGAAGAUUUCCGAUAAGUCGUGAAAUGGCCUUAUCAUUAGCUGCCCUAAUGGCCCAGAUAACACUGGGGCCCUAUUCAAAUGAAUCUACCGAGUCCAUUCCCGACGUUAUGAAGAAAUUCUUUCCUAGCAAAUACAGAAAAGUACCAGAAGAAGAACUUCGCCGAUUAGAACAAGCUGUUGUUUGGAAAUGGAUGAAACAGGGAAAGCAAAGUCAAUCAGAAUAUGUAACAGCUUAUUUGAAUGUUUUAAGACGUUGGAAGUAUUUCGGAGCUAAACUAUUUCCCGCAGUGGUACAUUAUAUAACUUUCUUGAUUAUUUAUUGCUACAGAGAUAAAUUUGUUUAUAUACAUUUCAGAGAAAAGACGUGGUAAGUCCUUCUCCUGUUCCAGUUUGUUUAGCAGUAUUUGAUAGAGGAAUUGCCUUACUUCAUCCCGAGACACUUGAUGAAGUAGACAGUUUUGAAUAUCAGCAAAUCGUAACUUUCGGAGGGUGUGAUGAUGAUUGCCUAUUAAUUGUUCUGAAUGCUGCUAAUGUUUCCCAGAUAUUAGUACUCAUGGAUAAAGUUAAAAUGUUCGAAGCCGUAAAGCUAAUGGCAAGCUAUAUAAAUGCUGCAGAGGAGUCUGGUGACUAGUUAUCUGAGGCGUAACUACGAAUACAGUAUUGAGUCUUCGAUAUGUAAAUGCCUUUGUUCAUUAGAUUGUGUUGAAGCGUUAUCAUUUAAUUUGUGUUCAUUCUGCAGUUGCGUUUUAUUUAAGUUGUCCAAAGAAUAUCGUUAAAUCAUGCAGAUAUUGAGAAUUUUAAAUCAUAUCUUAAUGUCACUAUUUUAAUACUUCAGUUUUUAUGCAGUGCAAAACUGCUCACUCAAUAAUGUGAGAUCUUUCCUACAGUAAGCUAAUCAGGUUUUGUUAAUGUUAAGGAUAUCUGCUCAGAAUGAACAUAUUUAACUUUUCAUUGGUGCAUAUAUAUGCAGUUUAUAUGUACAAAUAUGUAUGCUGUAUAUGUAUAUGUAUAACCUAUCGUUAAGUUGCCCGUUUAUCUUAAAUAAAUUAUGAAUAUUGCACUUAAUAAAAAAAUAAGUAAAAUCACGCAUUUUCGUUAUCAUUAAGUCAAGCA